ACACACACACACACACACACACACACACCUGGGUAUCUCCCUUCACCUUCCCGUCUCAUCCAAGCGUCAUACCGCCCGAAAAUCACGAUUGCGCCGAACCGCCGACCCCCACCGCCACAGCUCCACGGCGGUUUAGUAACAAUCCUCUUCUUUUUCUUCUUCUUUUCCCUUCUCCCUUUUUUCCUCCCCUUCCCACAGACAAUGAUCUCCAACUUCUUCUCUCGCCUCGCCCGUCCCUUCACCUCCUCGACAACAAUGUCCGUCAACCCCUCCUCCAACUCCGCCGCCGCCGCCGCCGCCGGCCCCACGAUCCCCGAGGGCGCCCAAAAGGCCACCAUCGCCGCCGGCUGCUUCUGGGGCGUCGAGCACCUCUACCGUAAGCACUUCCAGGGCAAGGGGCUCAUCGACGCCCGCGUCGGCUACAUCGGCGGCGACCUCGCCAACCCGACCUACCGCGCCGUCUGCGGCGGCGACACGGGCCACGCCGAGGCGCUGCAGGUCGUCUUCCAGCCCGCCGACGUGAGCUACCGCCAGCUCCUCGAGUUCUUCUACCGCAUGCACGACCCGACCACGGCGAACCGACAGGGCCCGGACACGGGGCCGCAGUACCGCAGCGCCAUCUUCUUCCACGACGCCGAGCAGGAGAAGGUCGCGCGCGAGGUGACGCGCCUCGCCAACGAGCAGUGGUACGGCGGCAAGAUCGUCACCGACGUCAUCCCCGCAGGCCAGUGGUGGGACGCCGAGCAGUACCACCAGCUGUACCUGAACAAGAACCCGAGCGGAUACGAGUGCCCGAGCCAUUUCCUGCGGACGUUUCCGCCGCUCAAGGGCUGACUCUGUGA